GCGGAGAAGAAGCAGCUUGCUAAGGCGAUGGAUACAUAUAAAGGGAACGAUGCUGAAUUAAGAAAGCAGUUGAAUAGGCUUGCUGAGCAGGUGUAUACGAAUGAGUCCGCGAUGUCAAUAGAUACUGUCGCACAGCCUACAAACGCGAUGUCAACCGCCUUGGUUCCUUACAACCAGAAUAAGCUAAUUGCUAGCAACCCCUUCGGCUUCUUCAACAUCCAGAAACCAUCCAUGACACUGAGGCAGGAAUUGGGAAGUAGCUUAUAUAGUGGAUCGCAGAGCACCGCAAGUAGCGAUGCCCCGACACCGGUGGGCCAGGGAGGCAGUAUGAGCAGCAUUUUCAGCGCGCCAGCGAUCCCUGCUCAGAACCUUAGGCCACCCAUUGAGGCGGUUCCGGUGGACUGGAGCAAUAUCCAGCAGGCUGCCAAAACCGGCGCCAUUCCGCAUGUGGGACAAGCCCCUGUACCUAGCUCCAGCCUGAAGCGACCUUUUGCUGGAUUGGAAGCUUUUCAGGGCUUUGAUGGCUCGGAAGAGGCGAUCAAGAGGCUGCGUGUUGCUGCCGACCAGCAGAAUCUUGGGUCCAAUUCAGACAACUCAUUUUUAACUCUUUUUUCAAAGUAUAUGCAGAUGUUGCAGGAGGCGACUAAUCAGAACCAGAGUCAGCAAGAACAGUUAGAGUUGUUCAAGAGAACUGUCCAAGCUCUGACCGCGCAAGGCAAUACGAGCUUUGGAAGUCAGUCUUCGGACCCCCAGAUCAGUUGGAUUCAUGAUUAUCAGAAAGCUGCUGCACAGGCAGCGAAUGAUCCCUCGAAGGCUCAACCAAAGGCUAUAGUUACCGGCGUCAAGCAGUCAAACAAAUCACAGUCCAAAGAAAAGCCAAAAAAAUUCCUCACACGUACACCGACUAAAUUCGAAUCAUGGCCAGUAUAUCUGGAAAAGAGAUAUAACCCGUCGACCUUAUUGACAGUACCACCUAUUCGAACGACACGAAAGAAGUUUGCCAAUUUCACAGUCCCUGGUGCAUUUGUUGAAGAUGAUAAGACUGAUAGCACAGGGUCGGAGUCGCAGUGGGAGUCUCAAACUGCACCAGAGUACGUGGAACCUCAGGUCAGUGUCCCAAAGCAAGUACCGAUACCACCUGCUGUCAUAAUGGCACGGUUGGCUUUGCUCUUAGUGGGAGCUUUUAUGCUUUUGACGGCCGUGGUUGAAAAUCUAUUCGGACAGACGAAUAGAACGCAGGAGGUCUGGAUGCAAUAUAAUGAGGUACCUGAUGAUGUCUUGGCCAAAGUCCGGGGCAGCGGACCCCCUGUUGUAGGAUCGAUGCAGGGCUUGGAUUACACUUUCGCAAGAUUCGUCAAUAUCAGAUCUCGCCUAGUGGGAUGAUGGAUGAAACCGGUCUGCUGGUACAGAGCGGGUAUGCGAUCUCAGGGAGUAAAAGAAGUAUAUUCCAGAGUUUUCUAUCCAUGCCUCGUGUCUUGCCUACGAUAAUCAAGAUGGCUUAUGC